AUGUGGACCGGGGCCUUGACCUUUUCUGUGAAGGCAAGGCCGGGAGGGGGGGGGGGCUUGAGACCCUCCAGCCAAAGUGAAGAGAAGACUUGUAGCCCACUCUUUUUCAUGGGAUCAUAUAAGGAUGGGGCGGAAGAAGUGGUACUUGCAAAGAGGAAGGGCAGCCCAGCAGAGGGGGUGGGCCUUCUUAACGUAGCGGAUGAUCGGGUGGACCUACAGAUCAAACCAUCUGAACUCAAGGGCGCGCGAGCAGAGCUCUCUGGAGUACGUGCCCAGUCUAGUAGCACAGACCAGGCCCGGCCGUACGAGAGGCAUGCCUUCAGCGGCUACUUCAACAAUCCCGUGCCUUCCACUUCACAAAACUUGUCCCAAAGUAGUCCCCAGGUCGAGCAGCCCCCUAGCCAAGUUUCCUCCGGCCAUCCCCUGAAGUGCCCCAAGGUGGACUGUGCAGGGCCCUCAGGCACUGCACCGUUUGUUUCAGAACCUGCCGCCUCUAGUUGGGAGCAGGCUAGGCCGGCCCCCAGCCCAUCGUGCCCCCCCUCCACGUCGAAUGCUGCCACUCAUUCCGCAGUGAAGAAAAUGUACGAGAUUGAUUGUCCAAGUAGCCGGGCGGCGCCUGCUGGCCGUGGCGCUGGCGUAGAGCGGCGCAGCAUUGUCCAAACGGGGAGGGGCUUGGCCGCUCCUUCCGGCCCCCCAUGGCAGUGGUUCCCGCCACGGGCCGCUCAAGCAAACGGCCCUCUAGUGCCGGAGCCUCCUCCCCUCCCUGCGGAGCUUCUGGAAGAGGAGGGGCUAUCCGCAUGUCUAGAAGCAGCAACGUGCGCCCCCAGCGCAGUGGAGCAGCUCGGAUCUCCCUCUUUAGCUUCGUCGGAUCUGUUGGGUUGGGUAGGCCACGGCAAAGCGGAGGAGGGCGAUGCCGCGCUCAGCCUGGAGGACCUGCCGCGAGUGCUUCUGGUGGCGGUGCUGGCGCACCUCCCGCUGCCGCGCGAUGUCGUGGCAUUUGGCGCCACCAGCAGGGCUGCAAGGGAGGUUGCCAGCGACGCGGCACUCUGGAAGGCGCUUUUCGCAAGCAGGUGGGGGCUCCCUGCUGCCCUGUCCGCCCAGCACAACUCGGAAGUGAGCCUGCAGCAAGAGUAUGCAUCCCGAGAGCGCUUUCUACGGGAGCUGCGGUCGAGCCCUCUCCUGGUAGGGGCGCUUACGGAGCUUGAAGCAAUGCAGGUGUGCCGCCACCUGUCGGGGGCGCUGGAUUUGCUCACAGUCGACUCCCUGGCAGUCUGCCAAGCCCACGCAGCCAUACUGCUCAAGGAGGUGGAUCUCUUCCUGGGCCUUCUGCACAUCUUCCGCCGAUCACCGUCCCCGGAAGAUGAUCCUGCAUACGCUGAGGCGUACAACCUGGCCUGUGCAGUCUACGGGACCCUCGUGAGGCGCUGUCAAAAAUUGGCGGGAGCACGGUUGCUGAGGCGUGAGGACGGGCGGUCCCCUCGGCUGCAGGGCUCGAGCACUCCGCAGUGCCGCUUCUCGUGCGAGAGCAUUUUCGCGCACUUCGUCCAAAACCUGAAGAAGCCCAGCAUGUAUGCGGGGCCGCUCGCGCUGCCGGACCCUGCCGGGCCGCCGUCGGUGGUGUGUCUCGAGAUGUGCGAGGCGCUGCUGCCGCACAUGUACCUGCUGCCCGUGCAGAUCUGGGAUCUCUCCACGCCCAUCGCCGACUGGAACGGAGUGGAGUGGCCCCGCUUCAGCGAGGAGCCGUUCCGGCGGUGGCUCCUCCCGGACUGGCGCGCGCAAUUUCCCGGACUGUGGCACGGCUACUACAUGUUUCGCAACCAGGGCCAGCUGGGGGCGCCCGACCCCGCCAUGCACCUCACGCUCGCGCUUGAGGGUGUCGCGCCCGAGGAGGACGGCGCAGACUGGAUGUACGUGCUGCGCGGAAGCGGGGACGACGGAAUGGGGCCAUUCUCGAUAGAGGGAACAAUCCGCCCGGUGCCUCCACCGGCGGUCCCUUCCUCGCGCACUGUGUUUGGGGGAGUCGAGUUCUCGAAGGCAUACGAUGAGGCUUUGGAAGAGGACGGCCUGCUGUAUUUUGUGGGGCACCUCACGGCUCUAGGCAUGACAGGUAUAUGGGGCAACAAGCUGACGGAAAACGUCAAAGGGACGUGGGCGAUGACGCCAGUCUCCGCAUUUCCCGAUAACGCGCGCGGUUCGCUUUGCUAGGCAGAGACACGAUAUAAAUUACAGUAGAAAAGAGUAGGGACAGCAAACAAUUGAGGAGCUCCUAUCAUGCUGAGUUAUUGCGGAAGUAGUAUCGGAAGCUGUGAUUCUUGCAUUUAUAUUGACGUUGUACCAUUAAGGCCUUCGGCUUCGCCACAAACAUGCGUACGUAGAUCCACACGACUGAUCAGGAUCAUUCACCUGCCAAAUAGUUUACCAGUUUCCCACAGCAUGCUCUUCAUUGAUUGCUGAGACUGUACGGGGGUCACGGACCCGAGGUUUGAAGCUCAGUGAAGCUUCGGA